AUGGACAGAAAUAAGGAUGGAGAGGAGGACGGAGAUGAGGACGGAGAUGAGGAAGGAGAUGAGGACAGAGAUGAGGACGGAGAUGAGGACAGAGAUGAGGACAGAGAUGAGGACGGAGAGGAGGACGGAGAUGAGGUAGGAGAUGAGGACAGAGAUGAGGACAGAGAUAAAGAAGGAGAUAAGGACGGAGAUGAGGAAGGAGAUGAGGACAGAGAGGAGGACAGAGAGGAGAACGGAGAUGAGGACGGAGAUGAGGAAGGAGAUGAGGACAGAGAUGAGGACGGAGAGGAGGACGGAGAUGAGGACGGAGAUGAGGAAGGAAAUGAGGACAGAGAUGAGGACGGGGAUGAGGACGGAGAGGAGGACGGAGAGGAGGACGCAGAUGAGGACAGAGAGGAGGACGGAGAUGAGGACAGAGUUGAGGACAGAGAUGAGGACAGAGAUGAGGACAGAGAUGAGGACGGAGAUGAGGACAGAGAUGAGGACGGAGAUGAGGACGGAGAUGAGGAAGGAGAUGAGGACAGAGAUGAGGACGGAGAGGAGAACGGAGAUGAGGACAGAGAUGAGGAAGGAGAUGAGGACAGAGAUGAGGACAGAGAUGAGGACAGAGAUAUGGACAGAAAUGAGGACGGAGAGGAGGACGGGGAUGAGGAAGGGGAUGAGGAAGGAUAUGAGGACAGAGAUGAGGACGGGGAUGAGGACGGAGAGGAGGACGGAGAGGAGGACAGAGAUGAGGACGGAGAUGAGGACAGAGAUGAGGACAGAGAUGAGGACGGAGAGGAGGACGGAGAUGAGGAAGGAGAUGAGGACAGAGAUGAGGACAGAGAUAAAGAAGGAGAUGAGGACGGAGAUGAGGAAGGAGAUGAGGACAGAGAGGAGGACGGAGAUGAGGACAGAGAUAAAGAAGGAGAUGAGGACGGAGAUGAGGAGGAGAUGAGGACGGAGAUGAGGACAGAGAUAAAGAAGGAGAUGAGGACGGAGAUGAGGACGGGGAUGAGGACGGAGAUGAGGACGGAGAUGAGGAGGAGAUGA